AGAUUUUUCCAACAAAAUGGCACCUUCCUACAAAGUUCGUUACUUUAAUACACCUGGUAGAGCUGAACCUAUUAGGAUGAUUCUUAGUUAUGGACAAAUACCUUUUGAGGAUGACCGAGUUGCUAGGGAGGACUGGCCUAAAAUAAAACCUACAACACCUUUAGGACAACUUCCAGUACUAGAAGUAGAUGGAAAACAAAUUCCUCAGAGCACUGCUAUUUGCAGGUAUUUGGCCAAUGUUACAAAUCUUGCUGGUAAAGACGCAAAGGAAAAUCUCGCUAUAGAUAUUGCAAUUGAAACUUUUGAAGAUUUAAAGAAACCUAUGGGUGAAUACAUGAGAGAAAGGGAUGAAAGCAAAAAACAAGAAAAGUUUCAAAAACUAAAGGAAGUGAUUCCUUUCUACCUAGGAAAAUUGGAAGAAUACGCCAAUAAAAACGGAGGCUAUAUUGCCUUACCCAGGAUAACAUGGCCUGACAUUGUCUUUAUUAAUAUUUAUGAAAACUUGUUAGAUGGACUAGGAAGUGAUUACAUGAAUACUUAUCCAGGAUUACAAAAAGUUAAGCAAAAUGUUCUAUCUCAACCUGGAAUAAGAGAUUGGAUCAAAAAUCGACCAAAAUCGGAAAAAAAAUAUGACUUAAAGCAAGAUUUGUAAAGUGUUAGUUUAAAUAAAUGAUUAUUUUUAUACUACUUCAUCGU